AAAAACAAAAAAAAAUUGUUGUUGAAGUUUUGUUAUGUCAUGUCACUUCUUUUGUGGAGGCAGUUUUAGUUAUUUAUCACAAUGUCUGGGUCAAAGAAAAUGACGCUGCGCGUGCAGUCGUCGGAGGGCACGGCGCGUGUGGAGGUGUCGGAGUCGGAGGUGACGGCGCAGCUGUACGAGCGCGUGCACGACGCGCUGCAGCUGGCCAGCUUUGCGUUCGCGCUAUACCGCGACCGCGCGCGCAAGGACGAGCUGGUGUCCAGCAAGUCGCGCACAUUGCGGGAUCUCGGCCUGCGCCACGGAGACAUGCUCUACCUUAGCCCCGUUAACGGCGCCGUUCUCUUUGACCAGCCUACCACUAGUGCAGAGGCAAACAAUAAGCCAUUUGGGGAGCCGGUGCAUGCACAGGCAGGGCCUUCCACGCCGGCCACCAACCUGGUGCCUGCUAACACUCCACAAGAAGAUGAUGUUGAUCUACAGUUAUACCAGAUGACUGGAAGCAUUGAGAGACAGCGAGAUGAAAAAUUAUGUAGACACAAUUCAAAGGGGUGCUGUGUGCACUGCUCGCCGCUGGAGCCGUGGGACGAGAACUACCUGCGUGAGCACAACAUCAAGCACAUGUCCUUCCAUUCGUACCUGCGGAAGAUCACCUCCGGGAAGUUCAUCUCCCUAGAGGAAAUCUCUUGUAAAAUUAAACCCGGCUGCAAGGAGCACCCGCCGUGGCCGCGCGGCAUCUGCUCGGCGUGCCAGCCGGGCGCCGUGACGCUGACGCGGCAGGCCUACCGCCACGUGGACAACGUGCUGGUGGAGCACCCGGCGCUCGUGGACCGCUUCCUGGCCUACUGGCGCGCCACGGGCGAGCAGCGCCUCGGCUUCCUCUACGGCCGCUACGAGCGCCACCCCGACGUGCCGCUAGGCAUCCGCGCGCGCGUGGCGGCCAUCUACGAGCCCCCGCAGCAGUGCUCGCGCGACCACAUCGCGCUGCAGCCCGACCCGCGGCAGGCGGCGCUGGAGGCGCUGGCGGCGCGGCUGGGGCUGCGCCGCGUGGGCUGGGUGUUCACGGACCUGCUGGCGGCCGACGUGGCCCGCGGCACCGUGCGGCGGCUGCGCGGCGCCGACACGCACUUCCUGUCGGCGCAGGAGUGCAUCACGGCCGCCCACUUCCAGAACCUGCACCCCAACGCGUGCCGCCACGCGGCGCAGGGCACCUUCGGCUCCAAGUUCGUGACGGUGUGCUGCUCGGGGGACGCCAGCGGCGCCGUGGCGCUGGACGGCUACCAGGUGUCGGGCCAGGGCGCGGCGCUGGUGCGGGACCGUGUGCUGCUGCCCACCCGGGACGCGCCCGACCUCGGCUACAUCCGCGACUCCAGCGACGACCAGUACGUGCCCGACGUCUACUACAAGGAGCGCGACGCGUACGGCAACGAGGUGGGCGUGAGCGCGCGGCGCGUGCCCGUGGCGUACCUGCUGGUGGACGUGCCCGUGGGCGUGGCGCGCGCCGCGGCGCCCACGCUGGCGCCGGGCGGCAGCUUCCCGCCGGCGCACCGCGCGCUGCCGGCGCAUGCGCAGUCGCUGCGCGCGCUGCAGGCGCACGUGGCGGCCGCGCCCAGCUGGCUGGCGGCCGCGUCCGACCUGCACGUGCUGCUGUACCUGGCCUGCAACGAGGCGCUGCCGCUGGGCGCGGCGGGCGUGGCGGCGCUGGCCGACGCCGUGCGCGCGCAGGACGCGGCCGCGGCCGACGCGUGGCGCCGCGCGCCGCCCGCGCAGGCGCUGGACCAGCUCAUGCGCGCCGCCGCCGACGGGCCCGGCGCCGGCGUCUGGACCUGCGCGCUCUGCACCUUCCACAACGCCGCGCGCCGCGACGCCUGCGAGAUGUGCGCCAUGCCGCGGAACCACGCGAUGUAACUGCGCCGGCCGCCCACGCCGCGCCUCGCGCACCCCACGUGCAGCCUACAAUACUACCAUUCAAAUUUGUCUUGUCUGAUUCUAACAUUAAGGGUGAUCAUAUUAUUAUUUUUUUUUAUCUCAGGAAGGGGAUUGCAGCAUUCUGAAUCUGUCAUAUUAUAUUAUUUGUAGUAGAUAAUGUGUCGUCCACGGGUUCGCGAUGAGAUUGGGUCUGCGCCGCGGCGGGCCGCAGGCGCGAGGGCCUCCGGCUGUACAUAGAAUAAGGCAAGCGCCGCGCGCUAGUGUAGCGCUCAGCGGAUAUUUCUGAUUACAUUUCCAAUAUCAUUGUACGUAGUCGGCGUUAGCACGGCGACUUAAAAAAUGUUUCGCCGAUUGUGAUCUACGCUAGAAUAUACGUUACAUAACAAUUAUUUAUUGUAAAUGUAUUAUAAAUGCGGUGCGCUCCAGGCGCCGCAUACGCUAAGAUACGUUUUAUAUGACAGUUGAAAUACAGUGUCCAUUGUACACA